CCACGACCCUCCGGUCAAGAGUCCGGAGCCCUAACCACUACGCCACACUGCUCUCAAUACCCACCAAGCUAUAGAUACAGAGAUAAUAUAAUAUAUAGACGAUCCUUCAUCCCAACGCUGCCACUUGUGACGUACCAGUUGAGCUGUUUGCUUUGGGACCGCCCCCAGACUCCCAGAAACCAAUCAGAUUCCUUAUGUGAAAACCUUAAACUAGCGGCGUUGAUUUAAAAACUGAUUCGAGAAACUGCAAGGCGGCGGUCGCCAUUCUGGCUCCAGAUCCUCUGCAGUUUAACAGCAUGCCGGCUGUCAGCGCGGAGCCACAAUGGCGCCAGUUUCAUGCCACUUCUCUAUAAAUGGUUUUCAGUGUUCCUGUAUCGUAGUUCCGGCAAAACACGGGACGGGAGAAAGGUGGCAGUUUGGUUGCAAUUCAAUAGAAAAAAAACAACGACGUCUGCAGUGAUGCUGCGGCUCAGCGACGCCACAGACAGCGGCUCUGAGAUCGAACCCGGCCCCCUGAAGGAGGAGACACGCAAACCGGGGCCCCUUAAAGAGGAGGGGGGUCCGGAUUACGAGGAAGCAGGGCGGGGGUCUCCCCCUCCUUCUCCCCCGGCUGUCGAAGACGUGUCGGAGCUGGGGUGCAUCGUGAUCAAGCAGGAGGUGCUUUCGGAAUGCGGCGACACGGAAGAGGAGGAGGAGGCAGAUCUGGGAUAUCAUGAGGAAGGGCAGGGGGACGAACCGGGGUCGCUUCUGGAAAGGGAACGAGACGGGGAGGAGGAGGAGGAGGAUGAGGAGGAGGCGGCGGGGAGGAGGAAGAGAGGGAAACGACAUUCCUGUCCCGAAUGCGAGAAGUCUUUCAGCCAGUCCUCCCACCUCAAGGCUCACCAGCGCAGGCACGCGGGAGACCGGCCCCACGCCUGCCCCGACUGCGGGCGCCGGUUCUACGAGGCUCGGGGCCUCCGGUCCCACAUGCACAUCCACACGGGGGACAAGCCCCACCGCUGCGGGGAGUGCCACAAGAGCUUCGUCCAGCCCUGCCACCUCCGGGCACACCGGCUCACCCACACGGGCGACCGGCCCCACGCCUGCCCCGACUGCGGCAAAGCCUUCCCCGACGCCAGCCGGCUGAGAUCCCACAGGCUGGUCCACGCGGCAGAGAAGCCGUACGCCUGCCAGCAAUGCGGGAGGGGCUUCUGCAGCCCCUCCCAGCUCCGCAAGCACGGCCGCACGCACUCCGGGGAGAAGCCUUACCCCUGCCCGGCCUGCGGGAGAGCCUUCGCCAGGGCCGACGGGCUGGAGAAGCACUCCAGGACCCACACGGGGGAGAAACCGUACGAGUGCGGCGACUGCGGGAAGAGGUUCUGCGACUCCACGCAGCUGAAGAUGCACGGACGCACCCACACCGGGGAGAAGCCGUACGGCUGCCGGCACUGCGGGAAAGCCUUUGCCGGCUCCGGACAGCUCCGUCGGCACAGCCUGACCCACGCCGGCGGCCGUGGAGAGGAGGAGGAGGAGGAGAAGCUGUUCCCCUGUCCGGAUUGCGGCCGGGUCUACUCCACUGCCACCGGGCUGGAGAGGCACAAGCGGGUCCACUGCCCUUCCUCCUCCUCCUCCUCCUCCUCCACUGCCCCAGGAGAGAAGCCUUACCCCUGCAGCGACUGCGGGAAACGUUUCCUCACCGCCUACCUCUUGAAGAGGCACGGCCCGGUGCACACGGGAGAGAAACCGUACCGCUGCCCGGACUGCGGGAAGAGCUUCAGCUGGGCCGCCAGCCUGGAGAGGCACCGGCGGACACACGCCGCCCAGAAGCCACACCCCUGCCCAGAGUGCCGGAAGAGCUUUUGCGACUCGGCCCGGCUUGCAAAGCACCGGCAGGCGGCGCACUCCAGGGAGCGGCCGUUCCGGCGCUCCGACUGCGGGGAGAGUUUUUCCGACGGCAGCGGGGUUGAAGAAGCACCGGAGGAUUCACGCGGAGGGAAAAAAGAGCGCACGGGUGUGCAGUCUCCGGUGGCGGUGCAGGUGAGUCCUCAGGCUGCUCACCCUGCCGAAGCGCGCCGCGCACUGGGGGCAGCCGUGGGGCCUCUCCCCGGAGUGCGUGGCCCUGUGCUUGCCCAGGUCCCCCGAGUCUCUGAAGCCCUUCCCGCACUGGGGGCACAGGUAGGGCCUCUCCCCGGUGUGCAGGCGGGCGUGGCGGCGCAGGUACCCCGACUGCACGAAGCCCUUCCCGCACUGGGGGCAGCGGUAGGGCCUCUCCCCGGUGUGGGUGCGCUGGUGAGAUUGCAGGUCCCCGGACUGCCGGAAGGCUCUCCCGCAGACCGGGCAGGGGUACGGGCGCUCCCCGCUGUGCACGCGCUGGUGAGUCUUCAGGUGGUGCGGUUUGUGGAAGUCCUUGCCGCAGUCCGGGCAGCGGUGAGGCUUGACCCCGGUGUACGGCACACGUUUCUUUUUUUCUUUCCCUCCUCCUCCUCCUCCCUCUUCCUCAUCCGAUACAGCCUCCUCUUUGACGAUGAUGCAGCCCAGCUCGGAGAUGUCUUGCACCUCGCCGAAACCGGACUCUACACAGCAGCUGCUAAACAGACGUGUGCUGCCAUGGACAGUGUGAAGAUGGAGUCUGUCCAGAUUAAAGAGGAGUUCCCUGAACUUGAACUUGUCCCCAUUAGAGUGGAGUUCUCUGGGCUGGCUUCCCUCCCCAUUAAACAGGAGCUCUGUGAGAUGCAAUGUGACAGCAGCCAGCCAGGGGUCUCUGAGAUUAAAGCUGAGCACAAUGAAUUGGAGAUCACCCCGACAGACGAACCUCUUCCUGUGAAACAAGAAGAGGUGCUGGAAACUGUCCUUAUUAAACGGGAGCCCCCUGAAGUAGAGUUUGACCACAUGGAACCAGGGAAGGAAGAAUCUGAGGACUUCAAACCAAACAUCCCUGAGCUGGAGCCUGUACGCCUGCGGGAGUGUAGCGUGGUGCUGGAGAGAAUCUGCGUGAGAGAGCAAGGCGCUGGAGAGGAAGGCUCUCCCAACAGCACGCAAGGAGGUGGAAAGGAAGACGGACGCUCCCAUUCAGAAUGCAGUCUAGCAGGUUCCAGUCCAGCAGCAAAAGCAAGGGCGGGCGCUGGAGAAUAUCCUGACUGUGGGAAAGGUUUCAUCCAGUUAAGGCAUUUUAAAACACACCAGCGAACUCACACAGGGGAGAAACCGUAUCGCUGCUCUGACUGUGGGAAGAGUUUCAGUCAGUCAGGACACCUGAAAACACACCAGCGAACUCACACAGGAGAGAAACCAUAUCAGUGCUCUGACUGUGGGAAGAGUUUCAGUCACUCAAUAUCCCUGAAAGCACACCAGCGAACUCACACAGGAGAGAAACCGUAUCGCUGCUCUGACUGUGGGAAGAGUUUCAGUCACUCAAUAUCCCUGAAAGCACACCAGCGAACUCACACAGGAGAGAAACCGUAUCGCUGCUCUGACUGUGGGAAGAGUUUCAGUCACUCAAUAUCCCUGAAAACACACCAGCGAACUCACACAGGAGAGAAACCGUAUCGCUGCUCUGACUGUGGGAAGAGUUUCAGUCAGUCAGGAUACCUGAAAACACACCAGCGAACUCACACAGGAGAGAAACCAUAUCAGUGCUCUGACUGUGGGAAGAGUUUCAGUCACUCAAUAUCCCUGAAAGCACACCAGCGAACUCACACAGGAGAGAAACCGUAUCGCUGCUCUGACUGUGGGAAGAGUUUCAGUCAGUCAAGCAGCCUUGAAACACACCAGCAUACUCACACAGGAGAGAAACCGUAUCGCUGCUCUGACUGUGGGAAGAGUUUCAGUCAGUCAGGACACCUUGUUUCACACCAGCAAACUCACACAGGAGAGAAACCAUAUCAGUGCUCUGACUGUGGGAAGAGGUUCAGUCACUCAGUAUCCCUGAAAGCACACCAGCGAACUCACACAGGAGAGAAACCGUAUCGCUGCUCUGACUGUGGGAAGAGUUUCACUCAGUCAGGACACCUUGUUUCACACCAGCGAACUCACACAGGAGAGAAACCGUAUCGCUGCUCUGACUGUGGGAAGAGUUUCAGUCAGUCAGCACACCUUGUUUCACACCAGCGAACUCAUACAGGAGAGAAACCGUAUCGCUGCUCUGACUGUGGGAAGAGUUUCAAUCGGUCAAGCAACCUUGUUUCACACCAGCGAACUCACACAGGAGAGAAACCGUAUCGCUGCUCUGACUGUGGGAAGAGUUUCCAUGUUAAACACAACCUUCAAAAACACCAGCGAAUUCACAGAAGAGAGAAAACUUAAAGACUGUGUUCAAUGGGACUUUUCACUCUUUAGGAAAGCAGAAUGAACCUUGCAUUAUGAAUCCCUGUGUGUGCUAUAAAUUGCAAGGCUUUGAAAGCUAUAUUAUAUAUCUAGCACAUUAGUGAGUAAAGAAGGUCCAGAGUCUCUAUGAAAAGUAUAGGGGGCCCCGGGGCUGUAUUACCACUAGGGGGCUCCGGGGGGCUGUAUUACCACUAGGGGGCCCCGGGGCUGUAUUACCACUAGGGGCACCGGGGGCUGUAUUACCACUAGGGGGCCCCGGGGCUGUAUUACCACUAGGGGCACCGGGGGCUGUAUUACCACUAGGGGGCCCCGGGGGCUGUAUUACCACUAGGGGGCCCCGGGGCUGUAUUACCACUAGGGGCACCGGGGGCUGUAUUACCACUAGGGGGCCCCGGGGGCUGUAUUACCACUAGGGGGCCCCGGGGCUGUAUUACCACUAGGGGGCCCUGGGGGCUGUAUUACUACUAAGGGGCCCCGGGGCUGUAUUACCACUAGGGGGCCCUGGGGCUGUAUUACCACUAGGGGGCCCUGGGGGCUGUAUUACUACUAAGGGGCCCCAGGGGGCUGUAUUACCACUAGGGGGCCCAGGGGCCUGUAUUUCCACUAGGGGGCACUGGGGGCUGUAGUACCACUAGGGGGCCCCGGGGGCUGUAUUACCACUAGGGGGCACUGGGGGCUGUAGUACCACUAGGGGGCCCCGGGGGCUGUAGUACCACUAGGGGGCCCCGGGGGCUGUAUUACCACUAGGGAGCACCGGGGGCUGUAUUACCACUAGGGGGCACCGGGGCCUGUCUUACCACUAGGGGGCCCCGGGGCCUGUCUUACCACUAGAGGGCACCGGGGGCUGUAUUUCCACUAGGGGGCACCGGGGCCUGUCUUACCACUAGGGGGCACCGGGGCCUGUCUUACCACUAGGGGACCCUGGGGGCUGUAUUACUACUAAGGGGACCCAGGGGGCUGUAUUACCACUAGGGGGCACCGGGGCCUGUCUUACCACUAGGGGACCCUGGGGGCUGUAUUACUACUAAGGGGACCCAGGGGGCUGUAUUACCACUAGGGGGCCCCGGGGGCUGUAUUAAUGUACUAUAUGUUGAACCCGUCCACUUUCCUGAUAAAGAUGGGUUCAGGGUUCUCUGCGUAACCCCAAAUGGCUUCUACUAACUGUAAAUAAAGAUAUAAAUAAACAGUG